AUGCAACGGCGCAUAACCGGGAUCAACUCCGAUAUCAAGUGCUUGGGCUUCUCCUCGGAUGGAUCUCGUCUGCUGUCCGGAUCUGUUGAUGGAAGUAUCAAUGUUUGGAGCAUCAAUAGCGAAGAUUGUCUGAAAGUGAUGGACGAUCGGUUUAACCACUUCUAUCUUCCCGGCGCUGCUCAGGGUCAUCGACAACCCGCGUCAGACUGGCUACGCGGAUCGCAGGGAGAGCUACUCCUAUUCGUGCCGAAGGAGUUACAAGGCUAUUUUCAACACCCUCCCUGUCAGAUGCGGAUGUCAGGUUAUCGGUUCACCAUCAAUUGGGACGGGGCCGUUCACGGCAAAGAUUGGACAAGAUGCUAUGUCGGGCCUCACCUUAUGGAGCUCAUAUACCCGUCGCGGCGUCUUUCAGCUACGCAGAAGUAG